UGCCGAACGUAAUAUUCAGGCUCCUCUAACUAUCUGAUUUAGUUAUUAGAGCAAAGGCCUAGCGCCAAUCGGUGUCAACGUAAUCUCUAUGAAUGAAUUAAGGUCAUGGUUAUCGGUGCGAUUUUGAACUGGAUUCUUCUAGUUGUAUCUUAAGUUGUAAAUACAAGACAUAGGAACCCCAUAAAAACCAUAUUAUUGUUGGCAGAAAACUGCAUUAAAGUUUGUGAAAGGUUGAGAGGAAAACUUAGUUAGUCUUUAGAAAGUAUUAAAACAAAACUAUGCAUCCUUUAUACGGAGAGCAACAAAACUAUUACCACUACAGUGGGUAUCCCACGAUGAGGAUGAAUUCGAUGGUGUAUUCGAACAAUGACUUUGGUUCUUCCUAUGCAAACCAGCAUCAAGUUUUACCUGACCAGUAUUCAAACCCAGUGAUGCGUCAUCCAGGUUACAGCUCACCGUACUGUCCAACCAUGUCUCACCACCCGCCUCAUCCCCCGACUAAAGAAAUGGUCAAACCGCCUUACUCGUACAUCGCUCUGAUAGCUAUGGCAAUUCAACACUCUCCUGAAAAGAAAAUAACAUUAAAUGGGAUUUACCAAUUUAUAAUGGACCGGUUUCCAUUCUACCGAGAAAACAAACAAGGAUGGCAAAAUAGCAUUAGGCAUAACUUAAGCUUAAAUGAAUGCUUUCUAAAAGUUCCCCGUGAUGACAAAAGGCCAGGAAAAGGGAGUUAUUGGACCUUAGACCCGGAGAGUGUGAAUAUGUUUGACAAUGGAAGCUAUCUUCGGAGACGUCGAAGGUUCAAGAAAAAGGAAAUGGCUCGUGCUAGCGAAAAGGAAGAAGGUGAAGAACCACACAAGAGCUUGGAAGAGCAAAUAAAACGAGAGGAAGGUGAAAUAAAAGAGAAAAGCCCUGUACUCAAAGACACCACAGAACAAAGAAGGGUAAUAAAUAAUACUCAACUGCAUCAGACCAGUCUUCAUUCUAAAAUAGUUGAUAAUGUAAUUACUAACACUAAUAAUCCGACUGGAGAAGAUGGAGUGUUGGUCGAAGGACCACACUUACGAUUUCAAUCAAAUCUAGGUUCCACCUCAUUAUCCAGCAAUAACGUAAUUCUCAAAAAGACACCCAAAUCUGAGUCAUUCGAAGAUUUUGGACUCCCAUCUUGUAUGCAGCAAAAUCUUAAAGACUGUAAGUUUACAACAAGACUUAAUUGUUCUCUUACAAGUUCUCCUGAUUCGGUAGCACUUAGCAACACUCUUUCAGAUGAUUCUAUGGAAUCCACGUGCGCUAGCAACUACUCCGUGAAUACCAUGGUAUCAAUUACAGACCAGUCUCCCAGUAUGGGUUCCAUUUCCUCUCUAAAUUCUUCUCCGAAAGUGUUUAGUUCAAUAUCGAAAAAUGAAGACUUAAUGAUGGCUUACAGUCGCAAAGCAGUACACUCCUACAGUACAGUGGGCGAGUUUCUAGCCUGCAACAGUUCACCACCAACCGUAGGUUACAGCUGCGAGACUUCACCCUCUGUGUAUCAACCGGAAAACGCUGGCCUGUGUUCGGCACUCGAAAUCCUAACCACUACGGGAGGAAUUGCUAAUCAGUUGGGGUCGACUACGAGUCAUUGUUCCGGUAGUAACAGUAGCGUACUAGCCGGAAUGGUAGACCAGCACUCUUAUGCGUCAACAGGUCGGCAUCUGUCUACAUCCACCCCGUGGUACUCCUUGUCGGAAGAGGCAGAACCCAUCGUCUCCACCAGCCAAGCAUUUCCUGCAGAUACCGUCUCGUUGAUCAGUGGGAUACCACCUUGUGCUAGAGAAAUGUUCGAGUCGCAAAGACUAUUUACCAACGUAUCUCCUGGUAAUUCGAGCAUCCAAAUGGAAUUUACCGACGGAACAGGAACGUAUAGGUCGGUAGCCUACGACUGCGGUGGGUUUUGACGACUUUAUGGAACAUAACACCCAUAUUUCAUGUGUUGAAAUGCCCUGAACAUUUAGUUAUGUUUUCCUUUGAGUUUAAGGUUUCUUACACCCAUGCUAUACAAAGCAGACGAGCAAGAACUAAAUAAGGUCAUCAGCCUCAAAAAUUCACAUCACAGCUUUUUAUCCCCUUCAUUUUGACUUUUGGUUUCUCAGAAUUUUUUACCAUAAAUGGUCAUAGUGAUAACCUUUGACCUCAAGCGACUAUUUUUUAUAGUGUAAAACAGUUUAAAGUUUCAUGUUUAUAGCGUUGUCGCUCACAUGCUGCUUCCAUUAAAAUUCCAUCAGGUUACCAAGAAUUAUACAUUUACUUUUUGUAUAACGUGAGGAUGGCUUACAAUGGAGAGAACAAAAUACGGAGUUUUUUUUUUUAUAUUAAAUUUGCUUACAACACCUGCAGAUUAGUGUCCGCAAGUGGUGGCAAACUUCGGCAGUGCGACCGCCCACUAAUAGGGUGUGCUCGCGCUCUUUUCUAGACCUCCCUAGUUCUGGUGUACAGCUCAAGUGGAUGGGUUGGUCAGAAGGCCCAACGUCGUGUUGUUUACUUUUCGUCGCCUUCGAUUAUAAUACUCACAAAAGAGACGAUUUUCUGAACCACAAAACAUGUAUUCCCGCGGAGAUUGACCGACUGCUGAGAUCACAUGCAGCAGUAAACCUGCUUUGUUCUCGCGUGUCAUUUCCCGCCAUCCCUGUCAAAAACGAUGAAUUAAAUCUGAACAAAGAAGCCAAAAGGCGAAGAAAAUUGAGCCACUCGUGCAAGUCUCACGUGCAGCUGAUGAACGAGACAAUCCAGACAGCCUGGCGCACAUGCCCCCUUAACGACCACUGAUGGAGAGUCCCAAUACCACUAUGUUUCACUUCAAGUAAAAUGUUUCCCCCUCUCUCUUUUUUCUUUAAUACGAUAUUAAAACUUCUAACAAUUCAGGUAGUAAGAUAUAGCUAGGUUUAAGAAGUUCUCAUGAAAUUGAUAUAUAAUAAUGAAAAUAUUGUG